GUUUUAUAAUCCCACUGAUAAUUCCAGAGACGCUUAUUGUUUUAUCCAUCUGCAGUUGACGGGACCUAACUUGUGUGUAUCCAACCUUGUUGUCUUACUUCACUAUGGCCCAGCUUCUCUCAGCGAGGCGUGCUGUUUGCUCAUGUUGAACUCUCUUGUAACCAUAGGUUCCUGCUACACUUAGCGGACAAAACUGGGGGCAUAAUUGUAACAAAUGAUAACUUCAGAGAGUUCGUGACUGAGUCGGUGUCCUGGAGAGAAAUUAUUACAAAAAGGCUGCUUCAGUACACGUUCGUGGGGGGCAUAUUUAUGGUUCCCGAUGACCCUCUGGGAAGAAACGGACCUCGGCUAGAAGAAUUUCUUCGAAAGGAGGGCUUUCUUAGAGACAUGCAGCCACUACUCAAUGCCCUGCCAAAUGUGGACAUGUUUGAUCCUGGCUUGAGGAGCCCCAACACCCAAGUAGCCAACACCAGCCACCAGCCUCCAUCCCGGAACCAGGGAGCCUCUUCAAGCCCUUGGCUUCCUCAGCAGCCCCACUUCACACCCCUGGCCACCAUUCCCAGUAUACAGCAGAACCUUCUCGUACCAGCACAGAGAUCUUCCGCAGAGACCAGUGAGCUGAGGGCGGCCCUGCUGAAGAUCUUCCCUGACUCUGAGCAAAAACUGAAGAUUGACCAGAUCCUGGUAGCUCAUCCAUACAUGAAAGACCUGAAUGCCCUUUCUGCCCUGGUAUUGGACUGAAGGCUGGGCUGAGAGCCCACUGCUGAUGGGGACCAGAGGGAGCUGCCAACUGUGGAGUCCCGUAGUGGGGAGCAGCUUUCCAGAGUGCACAGUGCUGCUCUCGGUAGGAAAAGGAAGGGAUGUGUUUUAUGUAUACAAAAGUCUGGAUUUUCAAAGCCAGCUUUUUUCUAUGUAUAAAUUAUGCUGCUAUUACAGAUUGAACAUUUUCUGUAAAAGAAAAGUACAUUUUCUGCCUGUUCAGAACUGUUUAAUAGCAGUUACUCUUGAGUGUAUUUACAACUUUAUGUUUUUGAAACUAUUUUCCUUAAAGCUGAAGAAAAAUUGACAAAUAAAUAUGGUUAGCCUUUCUAAAUAAAAUUAAAAAAUAAAAAAAAGGAAUUGCUUCCUUAAGGAAAGCAAGCCCUCUUAAAGUAUAUUUUCUUGAGGUGAUCUGUUCUAUCCACUCACUUGGUGUGUGCUCCCCUGCCUUCCUCUUGGAGCUGGCCUAUUCCACUCUUCUGGGUCUUCUCAGCAGGCCAUCUGUGAGAGCGGAGAAGUGGAGCCACUAGAUGGCACUUGGUGCCUGGCUGUAGUCAGUGACAAGACAAAGUCAGACUCAGAAGAGCAGGAUGACAAGUUUCAAUCCAUUCAGCCCCAUCCUUCUUUCUCUCCGCUGGACAGAGAAG